AUGAGGAGAGCGAUUAUGAAGGAAAGCCGACGUUUCGUAUAUUUCUCCCCGGCAAAACUUCGAAAGUCCAGUGUCGAUAAGAUGCACCUCAUCAUGUUCAUGAUGGUCGGUCUGUCACGUUCUAACACACCAUUCUGCAAAGGAGUGUUUUUAUUCCGCCCUGGCAAUUGAUGAAUGUGGACCAUCGCAAGCUCGAAGUGAAAGUGUCGGGUCGCUCGGACCCCACGACCAACUUUAGCGUUUAUAAAAGAAGCCGUAAAUCAAAACCAUUAGACUAGUCAGCUGCUGACUAGGCUGACUAGUCUACUGCUUCAUGGAGUCAGUGCUGACUAGUCUAAUGAAAAUCAGUG